AGACCUUCGGAAAGCUCGGUAGACGAUGCUCUUCGUGAUGUGCAUGGACGUCUUCAUCAACUGGCUUCUGAAAAUACGUCUUUAAAUGAGAAGCUCGUUCGUCAAUCGGACGAGUUGACUGAAGCUCGUGCCCAGCUCAGAGGAUUCUCCGGUGGUCUUGGUCUCCCACUCGACACCUCUAUGGAUUCUGAAGUGAUUCGUUUGGAGCCAUUGUCCAAGGAAGGUGUGGAGCAUUCUGCUCUUGUCGAAGUUUUCAAUGUGCCAGAAUUCGCGCGGAUACUCGUUUGCGACCUGAAACCUCGUCUGGCUCGUCAUUUGACGAAGGCUUUCCCAGCCUAUCUGAUAUUGGCCGCUUUCCGCUACUAUGAUCAUGCGCAUGACGAAACAGCCCUCACAGGGCUCUUCUCUACGCUACAUAUCAUAAUCAAGGAUACUGUCGCGCGUUCGCAUGAUAUGGACGUACUUUCGCUGUGGUUAGUGAAUACGUGGCGUUUGUUCAACCUGCUACGACAGUACAGCGGCGAAAAGGCUGAACCGGAAUGGACUGCNGGCAACACAGAGAAACAGAACGGCCAUCGACUGCAAUCUUUCGACAUAACGCCUAUUCGUGAGCAACUCCGAUUACGAGUAGAAGAAUGCUAUCAAAAUCUUAUGAAACGAGCCGUCGAGCCGGUUCUGGGACCGAAAAUUGUACCGGGAGUAUUGCAACAUGAAACUUCAAGCGAUGUGCUCGGAGUCACCGUGAAUGGACGACCCCAGGCUCGAGAAAACCACCGUGAGGCCACAAAAAGAGGCCUAGACGACCUCAUGGACUUCCUGAACUUCGUCCAUACAAAGUUGACAGCCUACGGUGCUGAUCAGGUGCUACUUGGACAAGUGUUCGGGCAGAUCGCAAGCUGGAUCUGUGCUCUCUCGCUCAAUCAUCUGAUGUUUAGAAAAGAACUUUGCAAUUUUGAAAAAGCCGUACAAAUUAAGCAUAACGUAACAGAAAUCCAGACAUGGCUGUUUUCGAAGGGUCUCGGAGCAUACCGUGAAGUUCUCGAUCCACUUGUGCAGGCUUGUCAUUUGUUACAGAGUCGUAAGGACGAGUCCAAUCUUGACACGCUGUGUGGAGAGAUGACUAGUAAGCUGAAACCACGACAGGUGGUUGCAAUUCUCCAACACUACGCUCCAUCCGAUGACUUCGAGGAAAGGGAUAUCGAUGCCGAACUGCUUGUGAUGGUUCAACGGCGUUUGAAUGAGCGAGCGGCCGCCAAUGGUGAAACCGCCGAAGACCAGAACGCUCUCCUUAUGAUGGGUACAACAUAUCUUCAACCGUUCAACUCGCAAGUAUUCGUGCAUUCCGAUUUCCCGCUGGAGACCCUUUCUCUCCCAACGUGCUUACACUUGCAUCAAGUGUGUCGCCUGCUAUAG